AUGGCGACGGUGCAACGCCGGGCUUCCAACCCGGUACGCCUGACGGGCGAGUUCAUCCGCAAUGAGUCCUACAACGUGAGUGAAGGCAAUUCCAGUUGGUGGGAGAAGUUUAAAACGUUUAUGAUGAGCCAUUAUGUCGCGAAUCUCAUGGCGGUCAUUGUUUGUGUGGAUACGUUCUGCACCUGCUCGGAGAUCGAUGCUCGAGCAGCCGAUGGGGGGCAACCAAGCCCUGGAAUUUUGCUCAUCUCGGACAUAUGUUUGACGUUGUAUAGCACGGAGGUGCUGUUGCUCCUUGUAAUAACAGGUUUGCCGAUCCUGAAGGAUUGGAUGAUGCUCUUAGAUCUUGGAAUUGUUGUGUGUGGUUGGGUGGAAGUGAUCAUUGUGCAGACUAUCACGCACGAAGGUUUGACCUUUCCGAUAAAAGUGUUGCGUGUCCUGCGCCUGGUGCGAAUCUUUCGACCCAUCCGCUUGCUCAAGCGUAUUCGAGGACUUCGUGAGUUGUACAAACUCUCCAUGAUGAUGGCCACUUGCUUCCGCACCUUAGCGUGGUGUUUCCUGAUGUGCUUCGUUGUGAUGACGGGAUGGGCCAUGCUCAUGGUCGAGUUGGUGAACCCUUUGGUGAAGGAAGUGAAGGACAUCAACCCAGGAACCUGGGACGGCUGCACUGAUUGUAUUGAUUCCAUGUCAUCAGUGAUGCAUGCCAACCUGUUGCUCUUCAAGACCGUGAUUGCAGGAGACAGUUGGGGCCAGAUCGCUGUCCCCCUCAUCCAGGAGCACCCGGAGACGGCGAUCAUUUUUGUUGGCUCUUUGUUGACCUUGGUCUUUGGCGUUGUGAACCUCAUCGUGGCCGUGGUUGUGGACACCUUUGCGGACGCUCGCCAGAAUGAUGUCCAAAACUUGGCAGAAGAGAUGGAAGACGAGAUAGAGCAUGACCGGAAGGCCUUGUCCAAGCUCUUUCAACGCAUUGACAAAGACGGCAGCGGGCAGCUAACGCUCCGCGAGCUGAUCGAAGGGGCUCGACAUGACAAAGCCUUCCAGAGCCGUUUGAGAGUCAUGGACAUUGACGAGCAUGACCUGGAGCAACUCUUUCACAUGAUAGACCUGGACGAAUCCGGCACCAUUGAAAUCUCCGAAUUCAUUGGCCCACUGAGCAGGUGGGCUCAUGAUUCGAAGACCGCUCCGCGCUUUAUUAAGUACAACAUGUUGCAGUCGAUGCACCUCCAGCAGGACCUGUACGAUCUUUCAGUGGACUGCUUCAGGGAGCUUGCAGCGUGCAUCGAUGACGUGGCCCUCCAGGUGCAUCGCCAGAGACCAGCACCUCCAACGCCAGCACCUCCAGUGCCAGCGCCAGCGUUCGCCGAGACGGUCAAAGGCCCAGAGAGCGGCCAUGAGACCAGCCAGACGGACUCCACCUUAGAUACAGAGCCACACUUGUGGUCGAAGCUGCAUGAAGUCCAACAGGAAGCCAAUCAGAUGCAUGGCCAGUCUGCUGAGAUUUUGGGGCUUUCGAUCGAGGCUAUCAUGGUAAACCUUGAAGCCAAGUUAGAUAUGCUUCUCCAGGAGAGCCGAAAGCCUCGACUGAACAAGUCCGACAGCCUUCGAAGCUUGAGAUCUCGAUUUGCUCCUGGUCCGACUUCUAUGAGCACGGACAAAUAUGGCUUCAGACGACCGCUGGACCCGACGGCCUUCCGGUCCUUGUACAUGAAGUCACGUAGUAUGCGUGUGCCUGGCCAAGACGGAGGUGGAUCUUCUGAGUCCUACAACACCUUCGCGGCACGAUUUGGCUGGCCAAAGACGCGGUUCCGGACAAAUGAGCAAGAUCCAUCUUGGACCUUGUCAGACGCUGGCCUGCCGGUGGAGAAGCUUCAGUCGAUUGAGGAGGACGCCGACGACCUGAAGACGAUGGAGACGUCGCGGAUAUAG